AAUAUCCACCCUAUCUAAGGAAUGGCUAAUGUGCAACUUCUAUUGAGCGAAGAUCUCUCGCCACACAAGUUGGCAUUAUUAUUUCUUGUGGGGUUGUACUGUUCUGGAGUAAUUGACUUUGAAGAGAUCCGGAAAGUACUAGGAACUGUGAUCAAGUUACUUGAUAAUGAACCAUUGCGUAACAAAGACGGCCAUUUGGUGGUAGUACCUCAACUACAUGAUCUUUUGGACUUGAUAGAUAGUCCAAAGACUUCUGCGAAGUUGGAGUCCGUUCUCUGGAAAGUGAAUUCAGUGGAAAGCUUAGAAUCCAGUGUUACAGCCAUGCAAGCUUUUCUAUGUCAACCAAACUUAGUAACCGCUAAACAAUCACCACAAGAAAUGACAUGUGUACAUCAAUUACUCCCUAGUUCGUUCUUGGGACUCUUCGUUCAGAAAAUCGUGACUACUUGUAGUCUACUUCAUUUCGAUGAAAGUUGCCUUCUUUACAAUUCAUUUGUGGAAUAUAGAGGUGAUAAAGGUAUUCAUAUAGAAUCAGAACCAUCAAAGGAAGAUGUAGCAUCGUCAGACUUGGAGCUCUUCCUGAUCCUCUCUGAUCAACUAACAUUGGUCCAAGAACCGCCACUGAAAAUCUUACCAGUUCCGAAACUUGAUAUGGAAAUUCUCUUGGAACAUCAAAUAUCUCUCUUGGAAACCCUGGGAACCCCCAUGCCUGACUUACUUCGGGAAAUUAUGACCUUGAUGACAUCCCCUGCUUCAAAUACAUGUCUUAUCCAAAAUGCAGACUUCAAUAAUUUGCCCUCCUACAGUUAUCUUCGAUAUCUAGAAGCACUUCGACUGUCUGAUUAUCACACUGCCUUCCAAGCCCUUCAUCAAUAUUUUGAUUAUAUGGUUUCCAAUAAUUCGAAAUAUUUUUAUCAUUUUGCCCUUAUUUCUAGAGCUUCAUUACAUCAACAUUUUGGCGAAGAUGAAAAGGCAUUGAAUGCUAUUGAAGAAGCUAUUCUGGUUGCCAGAGAAAAUAAAGAUAAUGCUACCCUUACAUAUAUUCUUUCUUGGUUGUUCAACUUUAUGAGAAACAAACCUGACCUUUGGUAUACACAAACAUUAUAUCAUAAUAACAAUGAACUGCAUUUAUUGGACUUCUUGGUGACAAAAUCCCAAACUGUUUCAUUGCCUCUAUAUGCCAUGAGUUAUCAUUUUGAUACUUUACAUGUCAUGAAUAAUGGAGAACCAUUAAGUCGAGUACUCCAACUGUUGUUGAGAGGAAUGUAUAUAUCUAUCCAUGAUCACCUACCAAGUUCCUUCAUCAAGAGCUCUGAAUUGGGAGCCACCGUUUGGAGUAGAGCUGGUAAUACUCAUUUGGCAAUGGUUUAUAGUGCUAUAUCACAAGGAAUUGAAUCAAAAUUGGCAGAUGAAGUGGCCGUGAGGACAAGAAAGGCUCUUUUCUUAUAUCAACAAGGCGAAGUUGACAAUGCAUAUCAAUUACUUGAACAACUUCGUAAACAAACCAUGUUUGAUCGAGCCUUGUUCCAGCCAGUUCAAAUUAGAGGAUUGAUUUUGUUGACCAAAAUUAAUCUUUAUCGUGGGAGACAUGUUCUUGCAGAGAGGAUUAUGCAAAUAUUAUCCAAUACGGAGAUUCCUGAGAUUGAACUUAAACUUGAAUUGGUUUAUCUUAAUGCUGAAGUUCAAAUGACAUUACAGAAUUAUUCUGAAGCCCUUUUAUAUCUUAAUGAGAAUUUGAUUCAUCUUGAAAGAACUAAAACUCAAAUGAAUUUACAUAUGGUGACCCGUUUAAACUUUCUUAAGGCCAGGAUUUUUAUAGAAUCAGGGGCUCCUUCUCGAGCAUUCCUGUUGACAAUCCAUCAACUUCAAAAAAGUAAACAAUUAGGCAUGAUGUCUUUAGUUGCUGAAGGUGCUAUUCUUCUUGCUUCCAUUUUGAAUCGAAUGGAAAGCUAUAAAGAUGCAUAUGACGUAUUGGGUGCCACCAUGGCUACCAUUCAUAUGGUACAGAAUCAAGAAUUUACUGCUAUGGCAUAUUAUGAGUACGCAUACACCUGUUUAAUGACACUUGAACAAGAUUCAAAGGCUGGUGGACGUGAGGUUGGCCGACGCUUACUUAACUUAUUCCUUCGAUUCCUUAAUAACAGUAUAGAUGGGUUUAGAAAAUCCUUAAAUUUGGUGAUGCUUCAAAAGAGUUUCCAACUUGAAUUGAAAAUGGCAAAAUUGAAAAGUCUUGUUGAACUUGAAGAGCAUGCCGAAGUCUCAUUGGAAAAGUUACGUAUUCGUUUAAGGGAAGAAGUAAAUUAUGGGUUUGUUCAUGCUUGAUAAAAUGGAACCAAUUUCGUACAGUUAUAGCUAAAUAGAUCAAAAUUUACAUUAAAGUAUAUAUCACUGGAGGAUUAGACGACAAGACGUUUGAAAUUGAAAACAUCUUUGUAUCU